AUGUCAAAUUUUGUUGAUACUUGUUUUAAAUUAAGUGAAGGACAUGAUUUUGUAGUUUUCACAUUUCAUUCAAUAAUAUGGGGAACACUAUUACAUUUAAUGAAUCGUAGUGAUCCUAUCAAACUUCAAGAAAAACAACAACAAAACAAUAUUAAUAAAAAAUCAAACUCAAACCCACACACAUAUAAAUUAAAACCAUUUGAAAUUUUAUUUCUGGGUAUAAUGGUCACAGUAACUUUAAUAAAUAUAGUUCUCCGUUUUGUUAAAGGAGUACCAAUUUGGUUGCUUCAACCAUGUCAUGUUUUAUCAGCAUUAUUAAUUUAUAUAAUUUCAAAUAAAAAGAGCGAUUCAAAUAUAUUUUAUUUAUAUUUUUAUAAUUUAUGGAUGCCAUUGGUUGGUGUAUUAGCAGUACCAGAUGAUAGUUGGUUUUAUUAUUCAUGGGAACCAAUGGUUUUCUAUCUUCAUCAUUAUGCUAUGUUAAUAAUUCCUUUUUAUUAUAUGCUUUUUAAUCAUAGAUUCCAUGCACAUUUUAAGAGUUCAACAUCAUUACCAAUCGAACAUUAUGGUAAUAUUAGAUUAUCAACUUUAAAGAAUCGUUUAAGAUUAUUUGUUCAAGUAUUUACAAUUGGUAUGCUAUAUCAUUCAUUGGUAUUAGGUUAUGGUGGAAUUUUAUUAAAUGAAGAUUUAAAUUCUAUGAAAUGCCGUUUUGCUGGUGGUGAAAUCUUUGGUAUAUAUUGGAGAGAAUUUUUAACAAUUGGUGGUUGGAUCUUAGGUUGGUUAGUUGCAGUUUUACCUGAUACUUUGAUUCAUUAUUUUUUAAAUUCGAAAAAUACCUCUACUACUACUACAAAAAAGAAUUCCAUACUUUCAAUUUUAAGUGAUGGUUUUAAUUUUAUUCAAUCAAGAAUUAACUUAGAAAUUAAAAAAAAUAAUUAA